GUCAAGCGUUUCGCACAUUUCUGCUACCCACGAACAACUGCCGUCAUGCCGAAGUAGAGGACCUUCGACCGGACGACAACGAUCACGACGGAAACGUCGCUACUUCUGUAGAUUAAUCUAAAUUUUCAGUAAUAUCCAUUCUCCAGUAUUUCGCGGCAAAUCAGGGCUCACUAUGCUCUUGUCCUGUGAAAAUAAGACAUACAGCUUUUAAUUAUUUGUUAACUCUUUAGUGCUAAAAAUGGCUGGGAAAUUUUCCCUCGUGAUUUUGCUGGCGUUAACGGCCUUGUGUGCCGCCCGUGACGAUGGCCAGACCAUUGUUUAUUCGCACCGGCAAAUCCGCCCAAAUGCCGACUAUGAAAUUGUUGCGCAAUCCUUCCAACAGAAAUUCGACGCCGACAUCAGCGCCAGCAUCUCCACGUCCGCGGGAUCCGUUAAAGGGGGAACCGUCACGCUGCGAAAGGGAGAACAGAAAAAGUUGCGACUUAAGGUUUUCAGUUUGCCGGACACCGGCGACGUCAAAUUAAUGGUCAAGUUUGUCUACAAAGACAGCAAUAACGAACUGGACGGUCGUCAAAGGAUACACAGUUCGGAAACCUACCUCCAACCGAUGCCUAGUGACGACAUCAUCCUGAUUCAACUGGACAAACCUAUGUACCGGGCGGCCGACACUGUCCGCUUUCGAGUGUUGGUACUGGAUCAAAAUCUGCGAUUGUCCACCAGUUUCAAGACAAUUACGGUCAUUCUUAAGGGCGCCGAUGGAGUUGGCGUGGAGACUAAAACCGGCAUUACAUACGCGAACACCAACAGCCCUGGUUACUUCGAAGGCAGCUUCCAACCGUUGCCGUUUGAACCGGAAAUCGGCAACUGGAGUGUGGAGGUUCUCGCCAAGGAUCACAGAGCUUCGAAAAUGCUGCGAGUGGCCGACUAUCGUCUUCCCCGGUUUGGGGUAUACUUCACUACCCCGGAAUGGAUAACCAGGGAUGAUUCCACGUUGCCGCUGAAUGUUAUCAUUAGAGAUCAAACCGGAAAUCCUGUCGUGGGAUCGGUUGACGUUGUCAUAAAAGAUCCCUCGGCUUCCGCUGAUAAAGUGUUGCCAACACAGACAGCGGAAAUGACCAGUGUCAGCCCAUUGCACAGCUACAAACUGAAUCAUCAAGCGAUGCAAAGAAAAUUCUGCGAGAAGGACAUGGACGGCUACAUCGCUUUAAUCGCCACCGCAAAAGAACGCCUCACCAACAAAACUGAAACAGCCGAAAAGCGCAUCCCCUAUUACUGCAGCCCAUUCACCAUCCAACUGGGUGCUGCGUCGGACACCUUUCGAGCCGGUUUCGAAAGCACCAUCACCAUCCGCAUCGCCAAUCACGACGGCAGCCCCAAUACGAACGCGCUAACGGCCGCUCUCUUCACCGCCAGCGAGGUCUACUACCCUACCCACGACCUGCAUACGCCCCAAGAAAGACCUGUCCAGAUACUUGAUAAGAAGGUGGAUCUAGAGAAAGGCAUGGUGCUACUGCAGAUACUUUCAUCGUCGGAUGCGCACGUGAUGGUCGUUACGGCGACCGUGAAAGAUCUAGUUAGGACCGUCAAUGUUACACGGCGACCCAUGACAGCCUUUAGUGGGGCUGCGCAUGUCCGGAUCUUUGGGAGCAAAACGUACAUGGUUGGCGAAGAUGUAGAGUUUAUGCUGGAGUGCAGUCAAGAUUGUUCGCUGAUGCAUUACGCGGUGGUUUCUGGAAAAGGCGUGGCAUUAUCAAAAUCGGCCACGAUGGUGGACGAGAAGAGCGACCGUCUGUCCUUCAAAGUAACUGCCGAUAUGUCGCCAUCGGCAACCAUUAUCUGCUAUUUCUUCGGUUUGUACGGCAUCGAAAUCGAUAGCGCAGAAAUUACAACUGACCAGCGAUCACUAAUUAAGGAUGUCAGUUUAACUGUCGGUCCACAAGAUACUCGCCGGGAUUACGUUGUCCCUGGUCUAGGAAAUAAAGCCCAGAUCACAGUGACAGCUGACCCUAACUCUUUGGUGGGCUUAUUGGCCGUUGACAAGAAUCUCUUACAACUGGCCUCCGGACAUGAUCUCUCCCCGGAAGAGAUUCUGCAGAAGCUGUUGCGGACGGCUGCGCAGACACCCAAGCGGACGUUAGAUAACAAAAACUGGAUUCAGGUCGGAAAUCUGAUGGUUUCGGUCUUUGAUACGUUUUCGGCUUCCACGUUUGGGGCAGCAUCAAAAGGCCAGCAGUCUGCCAGUUCAGAUCUGGUGCGCAAAGACUUCCGUGAUAGCUUCAUGUUCGUCACCAAACAAACUGAUGGAAACGGAAAAUUAUCUCAUUUGGAGAUAGUACCGGAUUCCAUUACCACAUGGGUGAUCACGGCAUUUGCCGUCAGUGCCGAGCAUCCGAUCGGCUUGACGAAGAAACCAAGCGAGUUGCGAGUUUAUCAAGAGCUCUAUAUUCACAUGGACACCCCGCAUACGAUGGUCGAAAGCGAAACAACUUUAGUCAACAUCACGCUUUUCAAUUUCCGCCCAAAAUCCCGUUCGACCACCCUGGGGUUUCGCUAUUCGGUCACGGCCAAUCGGGGCCAAGCCAGGAAUGCCGACUUGAAAGUGAAGCAGCAAAACGCUUUUCAGCAUUUCCCGAUUCCGUUGGGACCCUUUUCAAAGGGCGUGGUCAUUGUCACCGCUGAAGUUUUCGAGCGUGGUGGUGUCAUUGUCGACAAGAUGCAGAAGAGAAUUCAAAUCAUCCAGCCGGGCUCGCCUGUUACCCAGACGUCGGAUGCAGUGACUUUAUCGUCAGUCACGCCCACUGUAAAUAUCCCCGUGGAUAAAAGCAUCAUCCCGGCCAAUGUGGUGCCUGGAUCGCUCGGGGUUACUUUGACUGUCUUUGGCGAUAUGUGGGCACCCGCUACGAAGCAGCUGUUCAUACCCGACAUAAGUCGAGAAUUCGAGGGACUCAUACGACUUCCAACCGGAUGCGGGGAACAGGCAAUGUCUGUUCUCAUGCCGAACGUGUUUCUCGCCAGAUAUUUAAGAAGACUUGGAGGAAACGCCCUCACUGUCAACCAGCGCGAGAAGAAACUGCAGGACAAUAUACUUAAAGGAUUUAAGAAAAUCUCCAGUUACCGCCUGAAAGACGGGUCGUACAAUACCUUUGGCCGAGCCAGCCAGAACGGAUCGACAUGGCUUACAGCCUACAUUGUGCGCGGUAUGGCGCUGGCCAGCGAAUUCGUUUCCGUGGACCGUAACCAGAUUAAUAAGGCGCUAGCAUUUCUGGAUUCCAAAAACAGUUUAGACGGAUCGUUCCGCGAAGACGGCUUCAUUAUUGAUCGGCAUCUGGCCGGCGCUGCGGCCGAUGGUGAUGUUUUGACCGCUUUCGUUUUGUUGGCGUAUGUGGAAAACGGGCGCACUACCGAUAUCACGAAUAAAGCACGACAGUAUUUGGAAAGCAUGCUGGAUAAGACGACGGAUACAUUUGCUCUUGGCUUAACAUGCUACGUGCUCAGUCGAAUGGGCAGCGCGAAGACCGGCGAGUGUAGUCGCAAGUUGAACAGUCUGGCGAUAGAACCGUCACCAGGAAAGCGUUGCUGGAUGGAUAAGAAAAACCUGAAAGGUCCCGGUCGGCAGUUCACGGCGAAGGACGUGGAAACCACGUCGUAUGCGUUGUUAGCGCUGUGUAACAGCAGUUAUAGUGAAGACUUAACGCCGGUUGUAGAGUGGCUGCUGUCCCAACGAAACGGUCAAGGAGGCUUUAAAUCAACACAGGAUACCAUUGUGGCGCUUAAUGCGCUGAGCGAGCUGAAAACCAGUUUCCAGUCGCAGCGGCUGGAUGUGGAAGUCGUCGGUGUCAAAGAAGGCAAGUUUUCCCUUACCUCGGACAGUCUGGCGCCCAAGAGCGUUGAACUUCCCUCGACGAUGGACAAUGUGGUAAUCAAAACUUCCGGUCAAGGCACAGCGCGGUGCCAGUUGGAAUACCGAUACCAAGAAAAGAUGAUAUCACCACCUCCGCCGCUCCCUGUUAAUACAGUAUCUCUAACGCCCAACCAGCCUCCAGUCUCUAAUAUUGGUUUAAACUUUACGCUCAGCUCGCACGAUUUUGAUAAUAAGCGACUGCAAAUCCAAAUCUGCCCAUCGUACUCGGGAAACAUUCCCAGUGGAAUGAUUAUGGUCGAAAUCGUCGCAUUAACCGGAUACGAGUUCGAUCAAGAAGAUGCCGCAUCUUUGAAAAAUCAAACGGAUGUGGAUAAUGUCGUCUGUCAAAACGACAAGUCCGAACUGUAUAUUCGUCAGAUUGGCUCGGAAGCUUCUGUAUGCGUGACCCUUUAUCUUUUCCAGCACAGCCUUACAGAAAAUCCAGCGCCACGGCCGAUUAAAGCAUACCGAAUGUACGAGCCCACUGUGGUGAAGGCAAUGCUCGAGUACUCCCUCACAGACAUCGAAGAUGAUAUCAUCGAUUAUGGGGAGGGAAGUACACUCUCUCUUCCUUCUUUCUCUAGAAAGAAGGAAGCGAGAGUGUAAAAAUUCGGCUACUGUUGGAAAUCGGAACGCAAAUACCGUCAAAGCCCGUAACUCUAAUGCCAAUCCAAAUAUAGCAGAAUAUUCAUAAUCAGUUGUUCAGCUGGUUGUCAUUAAACUUCAAAACUGGCCACAUGUACAGCUAACAAACCGGUUUCUACUGCUGUCUGUUAUUCGCUCAAUGAUUGGUAAUUAGCGACAGUAAUUAACAAAGGCUAAGCAGUUAAAGUUAAUUUCGGGCUGGUAAACAAA